AUGUCAACCUUCGUUCAGCACGCAGCAUCCGGAGAUCACACGAGGCUCAACAUGAGUGGAAAAGUGGGUCGACGCAACAAUGGGGAAAUCGAGCCACUCCAACGUUUUGCUGAUGCAAAGAAGAUCCUCGGGGAGAUCUACGAUGAUUUGAACGGAUAUGUAAACGAGACGGAGUGCUUCUAUAAUGCGCUGAAAGAAUUUGAUCCAACGACGAUGCAAGAGAAAGCGUACGAAGAAAUUCAAGACAUUCGCGAAUCUAUUCGAAUGAUCAUCGACACUUUUCAGAGGGAUAACAUGAAAGUGGUUUUUUUCGGGAGAACAUCCAAUGGAAAAUCGACCACAAUAAACGCGAUGUUACACUCGAAAAUUUUGCCACAAGGAAUGGGGCAUACAACUUGUUGCUUCUUGCAGGUGCAAGGAACCUCGGAUGAUGAUGGAUUUCUGCUAUUAGACGAACGACCUUCUCAAAUUCCACUCAACGAAUUGGGAAAGAUUGGGCAUGCUCUUUCUGAAGAUAAUUCCUAUUUGCCAGCGAUGGGACAAGAUUCAUUACUGCGUGUCAUGUAUCCAAAGCGAGAAAAUCGAUUGUUGCAGAAUGAUGUAGUGAUACUUGAUAGCCCUGGAGUUGAUCUCUCUCCUCAAUUUGAUUCCUGGAUUGAUAAGCAUUGUUUGGAUGCAGAUGUAUUUGUGCUGGUUUGCAAUGCUGAAGCAACUCUCACGCAAGCGGAAAAAUCUUUCUUCUAUCGCGUCAGCAAGAAACUAUCAAAACCAAAUGUUUUCAUACUAAAUAAUCGAUGGGAUGCGAGUGCUGCUGAUGAUAAUGUUGAACAAGUUCGUAGCCAACAUCUGACACGCUUCAAACAGUUUCUCGUCGAUGAACUUCAAGUAUGCUCGUCUUUGGAAGUCCAAAAUCGAGUGUUCUUUGUGAGCUCACGUGAAGUUCUUGACUCUCGAUUAAAAGCCAGAGGGCUUAUCGAAAAAGCAUACGAAAUGGACGGAUAUCAAAAACGUGCAUACGAGUUUAACCAAUUCGAACGCCAGUUUGAGCAAUGCAUUUCAAGAUCAGCAAUUCGUAGCAAAUUUGAGGCGCAUGCUCGACGAGCUGAUGAGCUUGUUCAUCGAGUAAGAAACAACGUAGACGAGGUUUAUGGAGAUACGUUAGCCCGAAAAGAGACUUUUGAACGGGAAUUAGAGGAAAGCACAAAAGAAUUCAACAAUUGCCGGCACAACUUUUCGGCGUUUGAGAAAGCGUAUCGAGAACAAACUGAAGGUCUCCAGGCUGAAGUGCAUUUGAAGGUUUCUGCUGAUUACUACGAGGAAAUUCAACGACUUGCGGCAAUUAUCGACAAAUUCAAUCGCCCUUUUGUUGAUACCCCACAAAGUAUAGCCGAAUAUAAGACAGAGCUGGCAACUUUCGUCGACAACUUCAUUUCACAAGAACUUGAAGCAAGAUGUACGGGAGGAUUAAUGAGCAGAAUAUGGGAGUUAGAAAACGAAAUGUUUGUUUACGUGAAGAAGAUCCUUGCCGAAGCCUAUCAGCACAAAUUGGAAGAAGUGUGGCGAUAUCGAGCUCCAUUCAAAUUUUCGAUUUGCGUGAAUGCACCAUCAUUGACUCAAGAUUUCCACGAAGAUCUCGACUUUAGGUUCUCAUUUGGCCUUUCAGCAAUCAUUCGUAAAGUGAUCGCCUAUCGAAGUGGACAACCAGUAACAUCAAUUCAAGGAAGCUUACUUGCAACAGCGCUGAAUUCGUCGACAAAUUCUGCACAGCGGAAGUCCAUUGAGAAAAAUAACGUUCAAGCAGUAAACGCGGAAGAGCAAGCUGUGAUGACAAAUCUCGUCCUUUCAUCAGCAGCUUAUGUGGCCAAUGGUGGAAUUGGUUUGGCGAUUGCUGGUGGUUUACUCUAUAGGACUGUCGGAUGGAAGGUGAUACUUGGAGUCGGCGCUGUUUAUGGGGGAUUGUACAUGAUUGAAAGGGUCCGAUGGAAUAGCUCGAAAAAGGAACAACAUCUCAAAGAUCAAUUUCGUUCGCAUUUGGGAUCUCGAAUGCAACAUUUUGCAGCGGCUCAUACCAGCGCGUGUGAAACGCAAGUCACUAGAGAAAUGGAACAAGUUUACGAUGGCCUACGAGCGACGGUGGGAGGCGUACAUCGAGAAAUGAAAGCGGAUCUAGAUGCUGCGCGAUCAAGAAUCGAUGCAUUGGACCAACAACUUAAAGGACUUUCAGCAAUAAAGGGAAAGACGGCUUUUGUUCUACGAGGUCUCGAGCAAUUCUCCGGCAAUUUCCUCAAUCCAGAUUCUCCUGCU